ACAACAGCAAAACUUUAAUCCGCCAUUUUGUUUGAAGAGCUAAAAAAUAUCGCAGGAAGAAACGGUUCAAAACAACAAGGAUAAUCAAGAUAUAAAACAACCAGUUCACUCUCAAAAUGGAGGGCGAAAAGAAAGAAACUAAAGAAAAACCUGCUAUAGAAGAAAAUGCCUUUGAAGCCUUGGAAAGAGACUUCCAAGAAGUACUCGGAGAACUCAUGGGGGACAAAAGCUUGGAGAAGUUUCGAGUUGAGUAUGAAAAACUUCAUCGAGCCCUCAAGAAAUCCCAUGAAAGUGAGAAGAGAUUGAUGCAGAAAUGCAGAGAACUGAAUGCCGAGAUUGUUGCAAAUGCUGCAAAGGUACAAACUGCAUUGAAGCUGUCACAAGAGGACCAGACAACUAUUGCUUCACUGAAAAAGGAAAUUGAGAAGGCAUGGAAGAUGGUAGAUGCAGCUCAUGACAAGGAACAGAGAGCAAGAGAGACCAUUCAGUCCCUGAAACUAGAAAUUGCAAACCUUAGUAAACUGGUUGAGCAAGGUGCUGGUUUGACAAUGGGACAAGAUCACAGUGUGAAUGAGCUCCUGAAAAUCAAAGAUGAGUUAACCAAGGAGAGAGAUGAGAAGUUAUCAGAAGUGACCAAACUGAGAGAUGAAUUGUCUGGUGCCACAGCAAAACAACAGAAGGCUGAACAAGACAGAGAAGAAGCUGAGAUGAAAAUAGCUGAGCUCAAAGAAGAUAUCCAGGUUCGCAGCAAUGAGGCCCAAAGAGAAGCUCGCAAGAAGGAGAAGAUAGAAAAAGAGCUCAAGUCAUCCAAGAAUGAACUGGAAGCCAAGACUUUAGAACUAAAGACUAAAAACAGCCAGCUACAAAGAUCACAGGAGGAAAUAAGCAAACUGGAACAACAGCUCAAAGAACAGAGAAUACUGAAUGAGAAGGCAAUGAAGGACACUGACCUUCUGAAUGCACGCUUGACUAAAGUACAGCAAGAUUUUGAACAGCAGCUCAUGAACUGUGACCAACUGGCCUCAGAAAACACACAAAAAGCAGCAGAACUCAAAGCCAGGGAAGAAGAAAUCAAUGGUCUCAAGCAGGAUACUGUUAAGUUGACAAAGAUGAGAGAAGCUAUCCAAAGGAGACUUAGAGCUGUAGAGGAUCAAAAGCUGGAGGUAGAACAGCAGAAGGAGACUCUUAAAAGCCAGAUUGCUGGCCUAGAGAAAGAGCUUGAGAUCAGCAAGAAGCAAUCAGAACAGGACAGAAAAGCCAUUGAUGACCUUGUUCGAGAACGUGACAUUCUAAAUAAGAACUUACUCAAGGCAGCAGGAGCAACACAGAAACAGCUUGGUGUGGUCCGACUUCAUGAGCAGACAAAGAAGAAUCUGGAACAGGAAAUCCAGAAUUACAAAGAUGAAGCCCAAAAGCAAAGAAAGAUCAUCUAUCAAUUGGAGAAGGAACGUGAUCGCUACAUCAACGAGGCUAGUGAGCUCACCCAGAAGGUUCUGCAGCACAUGGAGGAUGUUAAGGUCAGGGAGAUGCAGAUCUUUGAUUACAAGAAAAAGAUUGCUGAGGCUGAAACCAAGUUAAAACAACAACAGAACUUGUAUGAAGCCGUUCGCAGUGACCGCAACUUGUACAGCAAGAAUCUGAUUGAAUCCCAAGACGAGAUCACAGAAAUGAAACGAAAACUCAAGAUCAUGAACCACCAGAUCGACCAACUCAAGGAAGAAAUCACUGCUAAAGAAGCAACCCUCGUCAAGGAACAUUUAGAGCAUCAGAGAGUCGAGAAGGAGAAAGAUGCUCUUAAAGCUGAGCUACAGAGAAUGAAGCAACAGGCAGCAGAAUCCAAGGCAUAUAUUGAACAGCAGGAAGCAGAGGAAAGGAAGCUCUUGAAGAUCAUAUCAGAGGCUGAUUCUGAAAGAAUGAGACAGAAAAAAGAAUUAGACCAGGUGAUUGGUGAGAGAGAUAUUCUUGGAACACAGCUUGUGCGACGUAACGAUGAGCUAGCCUUACUGUACGAGAAAAUCAAAAUACAACAGUCUACGCUUAAUAAAGGUGAAAUUCAGUAUCGACAAAGACUUGAAGAUAUUCGACUUCUCAAGCUGGAAAUUAAAAAGCUGCGACGGGAGAAGAACAUUCUCACCAAAAACGUUGCCAAUGUUGAGGACUUAAGACGUGAAGUAUAUCAUCAUCAGCGAGAGCUUUUAAGAGAAAGAACACGGUGUAAGGCAUUAGAAGAAGAACUGGAAAAUCCCAUGAACAUUCAUCGUUGGCGAAAACUCGAGGGAAGUGACCCAAGUACGUACGAAAUGAUACAAAAAAUCCAAACUCUACAAAGAAGGCUGAUACAGAAGACAGAAGAAGUAGUCGAAAAAGAACUACUGAUCCAGGAAAAAGAAAAACUGUACAUGGAACUAAAACAGAUCUUAGCCAGACAACCUGGCCCAGAAGUAGCAGAACAACUAAGUAUUUAUCAACAAACACUCAAAGAGAAAACAAAACAGAUGAAAGGAAUGUCUUCUGAACUGAACAUGUAUGAAGCGCAAGUCAAAGAAUAUAAAUAUGAAAUAGAAAGACUGGCGAAAGAGCUGCAAGAGGCUAAGAAGAAGUAUUAUAUGCAGAAGAGAAAAGACCAACAAGCGAGGGAACGUGAUCGUACCAUCCAACAAGCCGCAGGUCCACCAUUUGUCCCACAAAGAACAGACGGGCCCAGAUUCACUGGCGGUGGAUUCAAUCUUCAACAGUCUUCCAAAUUGGCUGCAUAACACGAUCUUCAACACAUACCAAGUUUUUAUAUCAGUUGUAAAUAGCGUGACAAACGGUUAUAUCAAUUAUCAAAAAAUAAAUAAAUUGUGUUGAAAACGAAAGGGUGUGGCCAAGGUUGUAUAUUUUUCGCACAAAAACGUCCCUGAAUUAAAAAUGUUAGUUAUUUAAUCCCA